AUGCAGAUCAGGGAUCUGCGGCUUUGCAAGUAUGGCAUAAACAUGUGCGAGGCUGCAGAAAAAGGCUGGCGAGACUGCUCUCUCUUUGUGGAGCCCAUUCUGCGGUGCUCCGGACCAGAGCAACGCUGCAAACAAGUGUGCGCGUGGGCAGUGAGUACCACGGGGAUACGGGCUGCCUUUAACGGCUGCGGACGUCAAAACGGACGGCGUGCCAUUUGCGGCAUUGCUGUCAGCAUGACGAGACUCACCGCCGGCCGAUGUGCGGGGCCCGUGGCGCAGGCCGAUGUUGAAAAUUGCGAGGAGGUCACACAAAAGCUGGCCGCUCAGCUGGAUGACAUUGCCGAGAACAUGUCUCUUUCCACGAGUUGGGAGAGAUGGGAUGGCGCGGCCAGGCCAGCUCCGCUCCUUCUGAUGGAGGAUCCCAGAAUGAUCCGAACUGUCCUGGACUUCUACAUCUGGACCUUUGCUGUGCUGGGUUUCAUUUACCUUCCCUUCCCUCUUCUGAUCGUUCUUUGUUAUCAGUCACUGACCUGCGCUGGCCCCGCAUGGGAUUUAUUGUGUCCCUGGCGCCGGUCAUCAGCCAACAAUGGCCAGAACUACGUGGCUCUCGACCAGAGCUGA